GUUUUCUGGGUGGUUCACUUUACAAGGUGUGAGCUUUGGCUUGCUUACCGCCAGUACUUAACUUACGCUGCCCUAAGAACUGCAGACAUCAACACAUUGUACGCAUUUCUUUCGCAUCCUAGCGUAAUAAACCUUCUGUAAUUGCAUUUAUUCUCUGGCUAAACUAAAAGUUUGCACCAGCUUGUACUAUCUAGUUCCGCGGCCAAGAGGAUGGACUCAAUAUUGCGGUCAGGCGGACCUAUACAAGGGCGACAUGUAGAUAAGCUAGACACUCUUCCUGAUGAACUUCUCAAAAAACAUGACGAGGAAUACCUAGCCAAGCACCAGCUGGACAAGCUCUUCGGGGUGAUCCUGCAGGGUCUAGUGCAGGAAAUGCCUCUGGACCCAGUUCAGUUCAUCAUCGACAGCGUACAGUACGGCGUGGAUCAGGCAUCCCAGGAUCCCGAAACCGGCCUGCCAGUUCACCGUAAAGAGAGGCUGAUGGAGCUAUUCCGGAUCAUCGACAAGCAGGGCACAGGCCGCAUUUCCUUCCGCGCCUUGCAGAUGUACGCCAACCGCUACGGAGGCCAGACGCUUGGCGCGGAGGAGCUAACUAGCAUCUUCUCCGACUUCAAGCCUGGCUCGGAUAACCUUAUCAACCAGGAGGAGUUCUUGGUCUUCUUCUCGCGCGUUAGCAAGACCAUCACAAACUCGCAGUUUGAGGCGAUGAUCAAGGAGAUGAUUAGCUAAAGCCAUCAGCAGCUGCUGCUUCUGCCAGGAAGGCGGCAUGAUGCAUGAAGCAUAAGGGGUGCCGAUGAACCUGGAGUGCCUUGCGCACCAUAGCUCGGUUUCGCAUGGAAGUCCGCGAAGUGUGAUAGCUUGUAAUCCUAGUUAAGGAAAUGGGUUUGUAGUCGUCUAAAUAACAGCCGUGUGGCCUUCAGGUCCACACCCCCAGCCAUGGGACUAGAUGAGGAUGGUACCGGCUGGUUGACGGGUUGCUUGUUGGUGAUAUGAGGCAGCAUGCACGAUACGCAUGUUGUUGUACGUGAGGCUUAAUAAUGUACCGUAUAUGAGAACUUGAGAAGGUGUUUGACUUGUCAAUGUAGCAAUGAGCAGGAAUGGUGGGCCACGCGCAGAUGGUUACCACUCCGGGCCGUCACCCACUGAUUGGCAGCCGCAAGGCUGUUGCAGUUAUACGCCAUCCACUUGCCACCCAGGCAAGGGAAUGCAUAGAUGCCAGUUGAGUGGGCGAGGGGAAAGUGUAAAUGGUGGCUUGGUUGCUUCGACCGUGGUUCUCAUCGUGAGGACUGUCUAGCGUGUGGGGCCAUCUUUCCAAAGGGCAUGCGCAUGUAUCUGAACUGGGCUACCUAUAUACGCAAUGACUUUGCCCUGGGGUCCUAGCGGAAGUCGGAGCUGUAACGGUGCGUGUGUU